AUGGACGAGCCCCUCGAGAUUCUCGGCCAACUGCCAAACCUCAACAUUUACACUCAGAUCGCAAUAUGUUUCUCAGUACAAGAUGAGUCUUCAAUCUCGAGAAUCAUCAGCACUCUUACAGUUGGCCUCGAGAGGCUCACCGCGGCAUUCCCCUGGAUCGCUGGACAAGUCGUCAAUGAAGGCGCAAGCGAGGACAGCACAGGCGUCUAUAAGAUGAAGCCAUACGAGACGACGCCACCCCUUGUCAUCAAAGACCUGCGAGAUGACGACUCGCCGCCGACGAUGGACGCCAUGAAAAAGGCAAAUUUCCCCCUCUACAUGCUCGACGAGAGCAUCGUCGCUGCGCGCCCGACACUGCCCAUCGACCCCGCUCUGGAUGGUAAACCUCAACCUCUCCUCAUUGUCCAGGCCACUUUCAUACAAGGCGGACUCGUCCUCACAUUCCUCGGCAACCAUCAAGCAAUGGAUGGUGUUGGCCAAGGCCAGAUCAUCGGUCUCCUAUCGAAGGCAUGUCGAAACGAAUCUUUCACCGACGAUGAAGUCGCGGCAGGAAACCUACCCCGUCAUAACGUCGUUCCGUUGCUGGACAACUACCAGAGAGGCCCCGAAGUUGAUCGAAUGAUCGUUGAACCGCCGAAAGAACCAUCAUCAGCACCCGCAAAAUGCCGUUGGACCUUAUUCGACUUUCCUGUCAGCUCGCUCUCCGCCCUGAAGUCUAAGGCUAUGGAAAUGAUCAAGUCAGGCUACAUUACAACAGAUGACGCACUCACUGCCUUUAUCUGGCAAUCCGUCACGCGUGCCCGCGCGUCGCGUUUAUACCCCGACGAAGAAAUCAAACUUGCACGAGCCGUGGACGUGCGAGGCUACCUUGGCGUCCCUCAAACGUUCCCUGGCAUUCUACAAACCAUGACCUGCAACUUAUCUUCUCUCAAAGAUCUUGUAAACGGCCCGCUUGGAGGAGUGGCAUCGGACCUGCGGCUGGAAGUGAACCCCGAAGCCUUGAGUUAUAGCAUCCGCGCAUUCGCGACGGUGCUUGCCCGGUCCCCCGACAAGAGAGGCUUCUCCUUGGCUGGCAAACUUCGUCUAGACAAGGACUUCAUGCUCAGUUCCUGGGCGAAGCUUGACUUGUACGAGCAGGAUUUCGGUUUGGGUCUGGGAAAGCCCGAGUCGGUCAGGAGACCGCGGUUCACGCCGGUGGAGAGUCUCGCAUACCUGUUGCCCAAAUCGCGAGAAGGCAGCAUCGCACUGGCGAUUUGCUUGAGGGAUGAGGAUAUGAACAAGCUAGAAGAAGACGAGGAGUGGAUGAAGUAUGCAAAGUACAUAGGCGAAUGA